AUGCUGACGCUAAGCGAGGAGGCCGUCAAGUCCUUCAAUGACGUCAAGGCAGCUCUUGCGAAAGCAACUCUCCUUGCGCAUCCCCACUUACAUGUUGACCUAACUCUCAUUGAAGAUGCUUCCAGCACUGGCGUUCGUGCAUCCCUCCAGCAGACUGUUGGCAUAGUCUUUCAGCCUUUAGCUUUCUUUCCAAAACAAGCUUAG